AUGCGCUUCACCACCGCCGCCGCCUCCAUGGCCCUCACCGGCCUCUUCACCCUCGCCGCGGCAGCAGACGACCAAAAGGCCUGCUCCAAGCCGAACCUCAUGAUCAAAAUCCACACCGGCUCCUGCGCCAACGCCGACUCCCUCACCACGCACGUCGUCGGCACGGCCUCCAACUCCACCCACAUCCUCAAGGACAACCCCGUCCCCGCGGAGUCGACUUCCUUCUUCGAGGUGCCCGUCCCCUUCGAAGGCAGGAUCUACGUCACCGAGAACAACGCCACGUCCGCCGACGCUGUGCAGGGCGUCGCCUUCAAGGUCUUUGACAGCUCUUACACCUGGGCCCAGGCCUCCGUCGAGGAGGAUAGCAAGACCGUCGUUGCGCCGGUCAAGGUCAACUUCGCCACUUUCGCCAAGUGGCAGGGCAUCGAGAUGGGUGGCGCUGCGAUUUUCAACUCUCGCGUUGGUGACCCGCUGGUCGUUAGCUACUGUGGAUCGAACUAA